UUUCUUAUUUUAUAAAAAAAAUUAGCCGAUUAAAUUUUUAUUUUCAAAUUAAAUCGGUUCGAAAAGAAAAAGUUUCUUAAAAAUUCUUAAAAAAAUUUCGCUCAAAAAAAUUAUAUUUCUGUGUUGAUCACAAAAACGAAAAACGAAAUUUAUAUAAAUAAUGGAAUUACAAUAUCUUAGUCACCUAGUAUCAUUCUUACUGGGUUUAGCAUCGAUGGCAUAUUUUCAUAAUGUUUUCGUAUCGAUAUUUUUGUAUAAAUCCGGCCAUCCUAAUGUAAAUGUAUCAAAUAUGUUAAAAAUAAUAUUUAAUUUAAGCGGAGUAUCACGUAGCGUAAUAACUUAUGUAACAAUAAUGGUAGUGGCUCAAUGUCCAUUAUUAAAUGAUUUAAACGCUCUAUCAAACUUUUUUUAUAGAUCAUCAUUAUCAGCUUUUUUAUUAUGGAGACUUAAACAAAUUGAAUAUUCUACUUGGGAUAGGUGGAUAAGUUUUGGACUAUUUUUUAUUAGAACAAUAUUAAAUAUUUUGGCUAUAAGUAUAUUUCGUUAUCCAUCUACUUUGGCUGGAGGUAUUGAAAUUUCUUGUAAAAUAGUUAAUGAAAAAUCAACUUUUUUUCAAUUGGGUUUUAUCUGUUUGGAUUUUAUAAUCGACAUUUUUGUUACUAUACGUUUGGUACAAAUUUUAAAUGAUGGGAAUCGUAAUUCAGCUGAAGUAACUUCUAUAAUUGGUCGUGAUAAUUCUCCAUCUAGACGUACUAGUUUAUUCACUGCUGUAUUAUAUUGGAAUUUUCUUCGUUUAGUUAUAGAUUUUUUAUAUAAUGGGAUAACUGUUUUAACUUUAU